AUGGAUGAGAAAAGUUGUUGCAACCAAGCCAGAAAUGGCCAAAAUCUCGCAUGUUUGAAAAGGAUAAGCCUCGUGCUAGUGACGGUGUCCAUAUUGCUACUAGUUGGGACUCAGCGCUUCAAUUUCAGCUUGUUUUUCUCCAGCUCCCUCAAUCAACCUUCAACGUCAACUUUUGCCCGUUGUGAGUCGAUUGAAUUGACUGCAUCUCAGAAAGAUGAACUUACAAGGUUAGGGUUGACACCGAAAAAACCCGUCAAGUUUGUUUCGCCGGAAAAGGGUGAACAGAUUAUUUACGGUCGGUUCUUACACAUCACGGAUAUCCACCCAGAUCCUUACUUCAAGAUUGGCUCUUCUUUUGAAGAUGCUUGUCAUUCGUCAAAAGGCGAUGCUAAUAAAUUCGGCGAUGCCAUAUCUGGAUGCGAUUCGCCCAUGCUCUUGAUGAAUGAGACCAUCCUGUGGAUCAAAACAAACCUCAAGGACAAGAUAGAUUUCAUUGUUUGGACCGGCGAUAACGUCCGACACGACAAUGAUCGAAAUUUCCCCAGAACUGAGCAAAACAUUUUUGAAAUGAAUGAGCAUGUGAGCCAAUUGCUAUAUGAAACGUUCAAAAAGGAAGACACGCCCGAGUUGGCUAUUGACUUGGUUCCUAGCUUGGGCAAUAACGAUGUCUUUCCUCAUAACCUAUUCAGCCUCGGGCCUACUUUGCAAACGCGAGAAUUGUUCAGAAUAUGGCAGCGAUUCAUCCCACAGCUGCAAUUGCACAUCUUCAACAGAGGCGCCUAUUUUUUCAAAGAGGUCAUCCCGGGCCAAUUGGCGGUCUUGUCAAUCAACACUUUGUACUGGUUUCAGCUGAAUCCCUUGGUGGACAAUUGCGACAAGAGGAAAGAACCAGGCUACAAAUUGUUUGAAUGGUUGGGAUACGUAUUUAAGGAGUUGCGAGCAAGAAAAAUGAAGGUUUGGCUCAGUGGCCAUGUUCCUCCGAAUGAGAAAAACUACGAUGCCACAUGUUUAAGAAAGUAUGUUGUCUGGGCAUAUGAGUACAGAGAUAUCAUCAUUGGAGGUCUCUAUGGGCAUAUGAACAUUGACCACUUUAUUCCGUUGGACAGUGUCGCGGCUUACAAGUCCAUCAACAAGGAUAAAAAGAAGAAGAAGGAGAAGAAGAAGUCAAAGUCAAAAGCUGUCUCAUUAAUUGAUAAUGACGGUGGCGAUGACAGUGAUGAUGACGAUGAUGAUACAGAGCCAUUGGGUGAAACACUGCUUUUCAGGGCUUUGGAUGCAAACUUUGAUGAUAGCUUCUUUAGAGUACAAGGCGGUGUGCCUGAAAACAAGGUAAAGUACAUGGAUACCUUGCGCGAGGAACUAUACGCUGCAGUCAAGGGCAAAAAGAAGUCAAAGGCAUAUGGAGAGAGAUAUGUUAUUGCUCAUGUUUCGAGUUCCAUUGUGCCCACGUUCAAUCCAGGGAUCAGGGUCUGGGAAUAUAACAUCACAAACUUGGCCCAUGAAUUGCCAUCCGUAAAAUUCGAGCCUUGGGACAAGUUUUUUUUCGAAAUUGAAUCGUUGAUUGAAAGACAGAGCAAAUACACUGAUGACGAAGAAGAAGAAGACAAAGAGGAAGAAGACGCAAACAGCCAAGCGUGGAUAUUCAAAAAGAAAAAGACGCCAGACAAGACGUUCCCCUUGCCAAUGCCAAAGAAUGCCAAAUUGGGUCCGGCGUAUAUCCCGCAAAGCUACACUCCUGAAAGAUAUGUCAACUAUUACUUGGACUUGGAAGCAAUCAACAAGGGCGACAAGCCAUUCGACUACGAGAUUGAAUAUUCCACCGACGACAAGACCUACGGAAUGCCCGUGCUCACGGUUGAAGAGUGGUUGAAAAUGGCGCGGCUUUUGGGUAAACCCUUUGACAAGAGUUCCAACACUAAUGGUAAACAAGGCGCUGGAGACAAACGUAAACAUACGAAAAAGAAAAAGAAUAAGAAUGGCAAAGAAGAUAAGAAGCUAGAAGAAUUGUGGCAAGUGUUCCUAAGAGAUGCUUUUGUUAGUUCAGGAUAUGAGCACAAGGGACUCGGCUAA